AUGGUACUAUCCAGCUCGUAUCCUGCUGGCCUCCAGUCGCUACUUUUGCCUGGACAAAGACUGGACGUCAUUCUCGACUUUAUCGAGCACGCAGAACCCUCACUACAGGUCUUAGUCGGCGGAGAGAACGGAACUGGAGACGGCUCGGACGAAGAUGAAGAGCUUGAUCCCGAACAGAGCAUGGGCGAUUCCAAAGCAUACCUCGCACACGGUAUAGUCUCUGUCAGUGGCGAGAUGUCAGAUGUCGCAGAUGCAGCAGCUUUCUGGGCGCGUCUUGGACGAUGGCUUGUAAGCGAUGUAGAAAAGAGAAAGGACCUCGUAGAAUGCGCCCUUCUCGGCAUGGGAAAUAGUGUGAAAGAUGAUGCUAGUGCGCACAGAAUACUCUCGGGAGAUAUUGUCCCCUUCGACUGUAUCAUGAAAAUGCUCCGUCCCGAGACCCCCGCUACCACUCAACAUGCUCUAGUCGGUCUUCUCAGGAAUCUAUCAAUCUCAGUGGAAGGUCAGAAGCUACUAUCUACUCUUGAUGUAGGCGACAAACUGGUAAAUAUGGGAGUAUGGGAUGAAAGAAGAGAUAUGCUGGGAUCUGUUCAGGGCGGAGCAAUUGGUAUCUUCAAAAACCUUUGCAAAGGUCAGCCUGCAACCGCCUCCCAUCUUAUCGUAUGCUACAAAGACCAGCUACUCGCCCUUCUAGACCGUACCAACGAUCGGGCCAUCAAAUUUGAAGGUAUCCGUGUCUUUGUCAAUGCUGCACGCAACCUACCCAAAGGUCUGGACCUCGCGGGAAAGCAAGCACUGCAAGACCAACGCAUCGCAAGGCUCAUGGUUGACAUGCUUUCAAAUGCCUAUGAACACCCUAUCCUUCAAGGAGAGGCAAUCUUAGGCCUUGCGCUGCUGGCCGUGUUUGGCUCUGCAAAGGCUGAAGUAUUAGAGGCUAUGAAUGAGACGUGCCCAGAAAGUCCAGGCAAGACCGGGCAGCAGCAAUUGCGAGACAUCUUGCUGAGCAGUAAAGACAGCCUCAGCGAGGAGAUUCGCCAGAAUGGAGAAACCCUAGUAUCUCUCCUAUUGGGUCAGCAGAAAGUAGAGUAG